UUUUCUUCAAUUCCCAUUUUAAUCCUAUUACUAGGUUUUUCCCUCCAUUUCCAUGGCCGAAUCUGAGUAUAAAUGCUUUAUUGGUGGACUUGCUUCGGCCACUUACGGCUAUGCUCUUGGCAAAGCAUUUUCUUCCUUUGGCGAAAUCAUCGAAACGAAGGUCAUCAUUGAUCAUGAAAGUGGAACAUCGAGCGAAUCUGAAAUCGUCACAUUUGCAUCGGAGCAGUCAAUGAAAGACGCCAUUAAAACGAUGCACGACCAGGAGCUACAUGGCGGUAAAAUCACUGUGAACGAGACUCAAGGCCACGACAAUGGUGGUGGUUCCGAAGGAGAUAACGUUGCGUUGAUUGAAAUUGAAUAA